GUUUACAUUCGAUACGGAAAUCGUGAAAUUUUGAUCACCUUUUAAUCUUAUUUACUCCGUUAUUGAGAAACAUAGCCAUGCAUUCGUAGGUCAUGUCUAUGAUUCAAAUAAAUGUCCCGGUCUAGAACAAAGAACCGGGCUUAUUUGUCGGGCGGAAAACUCGGAAUUUGCCCUUCGAAUUGGGGACAGGAUCAAUUUUUGUGUGUACAUUUUGCAGUGCAUUCUAGCUCGGUCUAUAGGCGUACGUGCAUUGGAUUAAUAUAGAGAGGAGGAACGGUUGGUGUUGCCACUGUCUUAGUUUAGAGAAAACCAGUAGGCAUGGCGUCACGAACUAUAACAGAAAGAAUGCGAGCCAGGCGGGCACGCUUGGCAGAUACUGCGGAGGUUGCAGAAAUGGUGGAUGAAACAAAGACGGAUCAAAGGGGAAAGAAGAAGAAGAGAAAGAAGGAAGAGGAGAUUAUUGAGGAAGGAACGUUGGGCAUGGACAGUACUUGGGAUGGUGCUAUGGAAACUCUAGGGAGAUUGUCGGGCAGCGAGCUGUCAGAUGAAGAGAUGAUUGAUGAAAUUCAGAAUGCUGAAGUUCUCAUGGAGGAUUUGAAAACAAAACAUAAAGCGAGGAAGCGUGAGUUAGCAGAUUCGUUAAAGAAAGACACAGAUAUCAAGGGAGAGCUGGGGACUGCCAGGAUGAGGAGUAAAGCAAAACUAGAGGCGUCUUUGAGGCAGCGAGCUGCAGCAGAUGAGGUGGUAGAGGCUACGACUAUUGGACAACAGGAAGAGGGAGUGGCCAGAUUGGAGGAAGGCAUACUGGAAGAUCUAGCACCAGAUGUAGCAGGCAUUAGUGAAGAACGAAAGCCCACACCAUCACCUAGAGGAAAAACUGGACUAAUGGGCCUAGUGGAUGCAGUGAAGGCAGCUGAAGAAGCCAAAUCUGGAACGACAACUCCCCGCAAGUCUAGUGCCCCUGGUGGGAAGGCUCUGGGUCAAAGUAUACGUGAAAGGCUGCAAAAUAAAGCAAAAGCGGCAAGGGAAAAAGCGGAGAGUGAUGCACAGAAAGAGUUGCGACCUGGUAGGAGGCUGCGGGGUAUCCGUGAUAAACAGCUGACUACUCGAUUUGAUGAUGAAGCUAUGCGUGCAGAAGAAGCACAUUUAAAGAAAGCCAUGGAAAAAGUUCGCCGUGAUCGCUGGAGGCGGGCUGUUGAUAACACAAAGAUUGUACCAACGGGCAUUAGUAACGAAGAAGCGUAUGAUUUCUUCUGUCGUAACUGGGAACCAGAACCAGAGGAAGUCGAGGAGAAAAAAGACGCUGAGAAGGCUGUUGGCGAGAAGAAAGAGGGUGAGGUGGUGGAAGGGGAAGAGGCCAAGGAAGGGGAGGAGCCUAAACCUGGGCCCAGUCUUGAGGCUGGCGAAGAGAUAGAGGAAGCCAAGGAUGCUGAGGGAGAAGAAGAGGGUGGACCACGGAAAAAGAAGGGCAAGAAGGGGAAGAAAGCCAAAACAGAAGAAGGUCCAAAGAAGCUUACAGUCGAGGAGCUGUUACUACCAGGAGAUGAUUCUAACAAGUCGUACACUGCCAUCCGACGUGCGGAGUAUAAGCCUUACAGAGAAAAACUCAAGGAGGAGACGGAGAAAUAUUACGUGCCAUCGAUGAUUAAUGUCGAAACUUCAAAGAAGAUUGAUGAGCAUCUUCAGCCACGAUAUUUAGAGGAGGAGGGUCUCUACGUUGGUAUCCGUCCCAAAGUAUCCCAUCGGAAUGAGAACAAGCUAGAGGACAGGCUAGUGCAUGAGCCAGAUGGGAUGGGCAAGAAAUGGUUUGGAGAAGAUGGAAAAGUGAAGACACUGCCGGAUCCUCUCAAGGCUAUACCAUCUCGUCCUCCCAUGCCAGAAGUACUUGAACCUUUACUCGAGACUGUUAUGUACAAGGCUGUGACCACUGAGUAUGACCACCGAUUUAUAAAUGGCGCUACGAGCUUGUCAUCGAACUACCAAGUUGACUUGGACAUCAACACAUUGACGUUUACUCAUCAUCACUUGUUCAGUCGAGAGCAUGUCCUAGCAGCACGCCUUACUCAGCUUUAUGAGAACUUUGUGUUCAGAGGAAAGAAAAAUAUUGUUGAAUUUUUAACUGAGAAGUUGAGAGCUUUGAAGGUUGCCACUCAGCAUCUGAAGGAAUCCAUUAUAUCCCAGCGUGCUCAGGGUCGCGGUGGCAGCAAUGCUGUUAUCGACCAAAAGAGGAGGCUGAAAGACUACAAGUCAGAAAUCAGGGUGACGCGUCACCAGCGCGACAUUGAGGAGGAAGAGGAUCGAAAUCUCAUCAAGAAUGUCAUCAAGACAUGGAAGGAGAUAAAAAGUCUGAGGUCAUUCCAGAAAUGUACAAAUACAUCUGUCAAACUACAAAUUAGGAAGGAAGCUAAGGACCGACAAACAGAUGAGAUCAUCUGGCAGCAGGAGAUUGACGACGAGGUCGACGAGAUACAGGAAGCACAUGAAGAGGAAUACAGCAAGAACAUGCUGGUAUACAAUGAGGCGAUGGGCAAGUUCAGGGCACAGCAACAAGCCAAGCAGGAGGCAGAUGCUCGACAACGGCAGAGGGAUAGCUCACAGGGGAAUCUUUUGGACGAUGACCCAGUUGCUGAGCAGAAAGACUUGCACACUCUAAAUGAGGCAGAUUUACCUGAACCUGAGCCGCCAGUCAGAGUUCCUUUAGAUAAUGUUAGGGAGGAAGUGAGAGAAAAGGCAUUCAGAAUCCGCCGCCGGCCAGGUGAACCAAAACUGACACCAGAAUUAUCUCAGUCUGCGACGGUUAUGCCAAAAAAUCAGUGUCCAAGAGGGGAGCAAGCCCGCCGAGAAUCUGUGGACAAGUGUAAGCUAUUCGUCAGGGUGCUAUUUAAUGACAAGGAAGUCUCAAGAACUCCUUCAAGAAAUAUUGGCCAGGAAUUCCAAGUAACCUUUGCACAGAUCUUCAAUAUUCAAAUUGUUCAGUGGCCGGAGUCUAUAAAGUUAGAGGUGUAUGAACUGAGUGGUUUUGCUGUUGAGAGGAUGACAGAAGUGUACAUGGCUAUCCCUGAGAGUAGCACAACCACUGACAACGUUGUGCUGGAAGACAUGGAUUUUAGUAGCGACCAGGCUGUGGCUCAUCGGCAUGAGGGCGUAGGCAGUGAUGUCUUGUUUACCUUUGAAGCAGACGGCUCCAACAUGAUAUCAUUGAAUACGAGUGGGGUGAUCAAGUCCAGUGUGUGCUGGUCUGUCAACGAUGAUGGGGUACCAAUGGUACCACCAAGUACUUCUCAAACCAGUGCUUAUAGUGCGUUCAAGAAAUUUGAUGCAGUCCAAGCGAUUGGUGCAUCUGGUAUGGUAGACUUGGAUAAACUUUCUAAAUGGAUUGCCGAGGCGAGACUUGACCCCAAUGAUCCCACCAAUGCUGAUCUUGUCUAUCUCAUGAAGCCAAUGGGAGGAUCAGACGGCAUGGGCAUGGAUGGCCGACUCAGGGUACCGGAGUACUUCCGUCUUGAACAGCUGCAGGAGGAAUUCAACUUUGCCACGGACGAGGAGAUGGAUGGGAACCUCCGCUACCGGCUCCUGAUGUACCGGGACCAAGAGAUACAGGAGUUUAGAAACUAUCGACCCAUCCCUGCUCUGGAGCGCGAAGUACCGGUCGAUAUAUUUGCCGAAUACGAGAAGAAAAAGAAAGAGGAGGAAAGAAUGAGACGGCAGAAGGACAUUGAAAGUCACAGGGCGGCCGUGACCAGGUUCAUGCAGAGAGUCAGGGAAUCGGUCAUGCAGAGGUUCAGGAUCCUGGCGCAUCAGAAACAGUUUUCAGAUAUGGUGUCAGAGGAAGAGGUCCCACAGAUAGGCACCUUGAUCCCCAUGCUGAUAAAGCUUGGUGAAGUGCGUCGCCCGCUACGCCCAGUCAGGAAGGAGAGGAAGAAGGUCACGGCACAGACUCUGUCCGGCAUUGACGUCAAGAUUCUUGUAAACAUCAUCCGAGCAUACGAUGUACCAAUCAGAUCGGACCAAUCCAGUGGAGAUGAGCGUAAAUCUGAAAGGAGGGGUCGUCAAGUCAGCCAACAAUGGGGACAAGUAAGACAAAUAGCACAAGUGCUGAGUCUUUGGAAAAAGAAGAUCGACCUGGUGCGACCAUACGUUGAGGUGAUGUUCCAGAAGGAGGUCUAUUGUACAUCCGUUGCUGAUGGGCCAAACCCCAGCUGGAAUGAGGAUCUACUGCUACAUUUCCGCCCUCCCAACAAUGACUUCACAUCAACUAACCUGCAGACCGUAAAGGACGUCAUCUACUUUAACUUGUUCGAUGAAGUCGUUGUGGACGUCCUUCAGGACGACCGAGAAAGAACAACAAACAUUCAUCGCCGUAUUGAGAAGAAAUGGCUUGGAUGCCUUAGGAUACCAUUCUCGACUUUGUAUCUUAAUUCAAAGAUUGAAGGCACAUUCCGCAUUGACAUGCCACCGGUGCUUCUCGGCUACAUGCACGAUCUGAAGGGGAACCGUAUUGAUUCAGACUUCGGCCCAGAGAUGGAGGUAGCAAUGGGAGAGGUGGAUCAGACAUUCCUCAGUAUGUUUCUGACCAUCGAACCUCAGCUGUCACCACCUGAACCAUUUGAAGAAAAGCAACUAGCCCUAUUAUUUGAAAGUAACGAAGAUGAAAAACUGAUCGAGGCAGCAGAGGGGUGGCAGUCUGAACUACGCAAGAAGUUUCAAAAACGUGAUUACAAAACGACAGUGACAGAUCUGAAUGGGAAGUCUGUGUUCAUCACACGAUACUUCAAGUCAAUCAAGCCACCAGAAGAAUUGCUGAAUAAGAGCAGCGGUUCAUUGGCAACAGCGGAAGAGGUAGCGCGCUAUGUGUCUAUGAUCCCAUUCGUCUCAGACAGCGUCAUUUUCCCUGGAAUUUGUGAUAUCUGGAGCACUUGUGAUCAAUUCAUGCGGAUGUUGGCGGGAGAUGAAGAAGAACAUGCCGUCUUGUUGACAAACUAUUUCAUGAGCAUGGACAAGAAAGUGUGGCUAGUUUUAGGGCAGGCCAUACCAGAGGGUUCGACCGCAUAUGUUCUGACUGAGGAGGACAGUGAUUACUGGUUAUGGAACGCGAGUAGCGGGCAACAUUACAGCAUCAAGAGGGACCACUUCGUGCCACUACAGUCUGUUGGCUGCAUCGUCAACCAUGAGAAUAUUUGGGCUAAUAUCCAAGAACAUGACGCUCCAGCCAGGAUGUCAUUCGACGUCACAGAUGCCAAAUGCUGGAAGCCAUUCUUCUAUUCCAGAUUUCUUAAUCCUGGCCUCAGUAGUGUUCAGCCUGACCGUCUCGACUACCAACCGACCGAGAGGGCAUUCGUGGGAGACUUACAGGACAAGUUAGAGCGAACACUUCGGGAGAAGAUCAUGGAAUGGAGGCCACGCCAUGUGACCAGGUGGAAUCGCUACUGUAUGCAGGCCUUCAGGAAACUGCUCAUCAAGUUUGAAGAAUCUGGUGGGAAGAGCAUGAGAGAUAAAAGCUUUGCUGAACUCGAUGGCAUAUUGCAAACAUACAAGAUGUCUGGCUUCCCUCUCAACUCACCAUUCACCGAAAUCGAACCGAUUGUUGAUUCCGUGUUUGCUACAGGCGUCCAUGAAAAUGAGGCCAAGGAAGUUGAGUUUGCCUUAGCUGUGUACAUCCAUCCGUACCCGAAUUCCAUCCUGUCUGUCUGGGUUUAUGUUGCAUCCCUUACAAGGAAGAAAUAGGUCCACUGACUUCUCACAGACUGAAUGGGUGUAUUUUAUCACUCCAUUGGAUAUUCACUGGAUAUUUGACAUAGCAAAUCACCCUGCCCAGUGACACAUUGGUCCUUCAUACAUUGUCAAACAUUUCAGGACAAACUAUAUAUAAUACUAGUACACAACGGCAAAGGAUCUGUUUAUCCAUCGGAAGUGUGUGGACAUUUUAAGCCUUCUCGUUGACAGGUUUCCCUUGAGGAGUGAUUGUUUUUGAAGGUUACUUUAGUUGUUUUCAUAUAACUUCAUCUGUGAUUCCGUCCAGGCAUUAGGUCAAUUUAGUCAUAAUUUAUAUCUUAUUUUAGUGCAUGAGGUAGUCGUAAUGUUGAAGGCUGUAGUUGUUUCAUGAUGAUUUUAGACUUAAAAAUAUUUAGUAUAAAUCAAAGCUCUUUUAUAUGUCCAAUAAGUUUAGAGAUAAAGGGAAGUGAACCAUUUAAACCUUAUAUCAGUUCUCUGUUGUCCACCUCCAUUUAAUUAAGCACAGACAUGAGUGUAUUUCUGUCUCCCAGCCCUACAAGUCUGAUGCAAGUUUAAAUGUCUGUAAGCUAUCUUUCUAGCUAGUAGUUUCAGCAUAUUCCGAUCCUAUUUGUAUAAACAACAAUAGCAAAAUUUAUAAGACGUGUUGUUAGACAUUUUUGAUGAUAGCCACAGUUUUUACAAAAUUUAUCAAGUUUGUAGGGGACGGGUUAUCUGAUAAGCCGGCUCAUUAGGUAGAAAAUAAAUUUUUCUACAUUUUUAUAGAA